AUGCCUACACCAUGGUUUCACAUCAUGGAUCAUUGUUCAAAGCUUUUAUAUGGUCUUACUCCUACAUCGAGGGUCAACUUUGAUAACGGGGCCGGUGGUAGCCUUAAAAAGCUAUCGGUGGAUGAUGCAUACAAGAUGAUUGAAGAAGUGGCAAAGAACUUUGCAUACGGAGGUGAUAGACAACAACCUCAAGCAAAGAAGGGCGGAAUCCACGACCUUAGUGCCAUAAACCUUAUUGCAUCAAAUUUUGACAUGCUAGCUCACAAGCUAGAUCAAGCCACCCUUACAUCUCCAAGAUCUUCUUCACAACAAGUCAUGUCUUGUGAAACUUAUGGAGGAAAUGAUCACUUGUCCUCCUAUUGUAACUCAACUAACCAAGAGCAAGCUGCGGCUAUUGGGCAAAGAAACGAUCAAUACUCUCAACCCUACAAUCAAGGUUGGAAACCCCAACAAAACACGGGUUGGAAACAACAAAACCAAGGCCCCCCUCAAAACCAAUACAACCAAUCUCGUCCACAAAACCAACAAGCUCCUUACCGUCACCCUAACCAAAGGGACCAAAACCAACAAAGGCAACAAUAUAACCAAUCCGCUCCUCCACCUCCUCAAAAAUCUAUCCUUGAAGCCGCACUUGAGACCUUCAUUACACAACAAGGAAGAAGCAAUGCGGAUAUGCAAGCGAACAUCCAACAAUUUCAAGCACACAACAAGAUAAUUGAGAAUCAAUUGGCUCAAAUUGCGCAACAAGUUGGAAGUUCAUCCUCCAAUCCUAGUGGUCACUUCCCAAGCUCAACGGUUGUGAACCCAAAGGAGCAAGCUAAGGCCAUUACUUUGAGAUCGGGGAUAGGUUAUGAAGGGUCGGUUAUGAGUGAAGAGGAGCCACAAAAGAGAGAUGAGGGAGUUGUGGUGAGAAAUGAGAGUGAGUUUGAAAAUGAGAUAGUUGAUGUUGAGAGAAAGGAGCCACAAAAGAAGAAUGAGGGAGAUGAGGAAAACGUAGAAAAUCCCCCCAUGAAAGUAUACAAGCCUCCCACUCCAUCCCCUCAUAGGAUUGUUGACAAGAAAUUGAAUGAAAAGUUUUCAAAUUUUCUUGAAGUCAUGGGAGGACUUCAAGAUCUUCUAUCCAACAAGAGUAGGCUUGAAGAGAGUGCAACCAUUUCCCUUCCUAAGAAGGUGAGUGCAAUCAUUCAAAACAAGCUUCCUCAAAAGCUUGGUGACCCCGGUAGCUAUGCAUUACCGGUGAAGAUUGGAGACUUGGAGGCUAUGGAUGCUUUAUGUGAUCUUGGGGCAAGUGUGAGCUUGAUGCCCUAUUCUAUUGCUAGGAUUUUGAAAAUUGGAGACGUAAAGCCAACAAGAAUGUCCUUACAAUUGGCCGACCGCACGGUUAGGCUACCUUUGGGAAUUCGUGAAGAUGCGCCAGUUCAAGUUGGAAGAGUAUUUGUGCCAUAUGCUUUUGUGGUAAUGGAAAUGGAAGAAUAUACUACGGUGCCCCUAAUCUUGGGAAGAUCGUUUUUGAACACCGCGGGUGUUGUUAUUGAUAUGAAGGUAGGAAGAUUGACCUUGAAUGUGAGAGAUGAGAAAAUUUCAUUUUCUUUCCCACAAACAUUGAAAAAGCCAUUGUUCGAUGAAGUUCAUAGAGUUGAUACUUUGGAAAGGAACUUAGAGGAGUUCCAAGAAAAUUCGAUUGAAGGAGAUCCUUUACAAGCUAUCCUAAUGGGAGGCUUAGUUGAGGAAGAUGAAGAAACAAGGGGGUAUGAUCUUUUGCUCAACCAACCUUUAGUCCACAAUGAAGUGAAGGUGGAAGUGCUUAAUGUGGAGGUAAAAGAGGAGAGGACUACGCCUCCUCAUAAAGUCUCAAUCCAAACAUGA